AUGGCGGGUAAAACCGCCCUAACACACGGGGGUGAGCCCUGUGCCCCGAGGGGGGGUUUCGGAGGGGGAGGGUCGCGGAUUAGGUGGAGGUGGGGUGGGCCGGACUCCCAAAUAUUUGGGAAGUUUUGGGAAAGGGGUCGCACCGUUUGGGAGACUUUCGGAGGGGCUGCGGGAGGAAUCGUUCGGGAGUCCUCCAGGGGGGUUCGGGGGUGUUGGGGAGGGGUUGCGGUCAUUCGGGAGACACGAGGGAGGGCGAAAUCGGCUGGUGGAGGGGUGGUUCCACGUGGUGGAGAGGUGGUUCCACGUGGUGGUGAGGUGGUUCCACGUGGUGGAGAGGUGGUUCCACGUGGUGGAGGGCAAAAUCGGCGGGCGGAGACCUACCUACCGGGGGGUUCGGCGGAGGAGGGUCGCGGAUUGGGUCACGGUGGGGUGGGCCGGACUUCGCGAGACGCGAGGGAGGGAGAAAUCGGCUGGUGGAGGGGAAGUUCCACGUGGUGGAGAGGUGGUUCCACGUGGUGGAGGGCAAAAUCGGUUGGUGGUGGGGUGUUUCCACGCGGGGGGGGGGGGGUUGGGGGGGACAGGCUGCUUCGCAGUGUGAAGGACGUGGACUCUACGGUUCUCGCAAGUAGUUCCAGCCACGCGUUAGUAGUCGGAACCUCCCGCAACGGUGGAGGCCGGCGAAAACGGGACGCCACACGUGGUGCUGGGUCUGAGGGGGAGCGGGUGGAUAUCCCUCGGGAAAGGGACGGUUCGCGGGGUGGGUCGGGUUUAAUGGUCGAGGAGGAGCACUCCCUCAGCGCCUCCACCGGGCCCCGAUCCGAGCUACCCAGCUCGGCGGGAACAGGAAGGCCCCCUCCCAGGGACGGUGCCCAGCGUCCCGAGCUACCCAGCUCGGUGCCGCGGGCAACCGCCCCAUCUUAUCCUUAA